GCGAGGCCUACGGUUAGGCCGGGUCAGGCCGAGAGGGCACGCGUCGUUGGUGCGCAGGCUGGCUUUCGAGCCCGCUCGCCGGUCUACGUUCUCGUUCGUUUUAGUGUAGAACAACCGGGUCGGCUACGCGGGGCGCGGUGGCGUGACAGUGAUUGGUCGAUCCCUGUUCCCCAGCGAGAGGGUCGAGGGAAAGGCAGGCAACCCUCUCGCGAGCCCUCCGCCGCGUAACGUCUUCAGAAUCGCCAGGAUAAACGCGCGGUUAGCACGCGCUCGGUCGUAGCUCACAGUCUCCGGCUGGCAGAGCAAACAUUCUGUUCCGACUUCGCGCGGGGGGUAGCCGGCAGUGAUCUCGGAUAGAAAGGAAGGAUCAGCGGGAGAGCAGAGGGAAGUCGCGGCGAGGAUUCCCUUGCGGCGAAUCGACGGAGGAAGGAAGCGGUUCCGUGAAUCGCGAGCGAUGCCCGGGAAGCGCUCUACGAUGAGAGAGCCGCGCAAGAGGUACCAUGAGCAGCAGUAACAGCAAGAAGCCGUCGGGCGGCAAGGACGAGAAGAAGAGUCCGUCGAGCAAAGAGGAGAGCCCGGUCGCCGCGAAGGAUGACGCCGCCGGAGGACCGUCCUCGACGGGAAGCGCCGGAGGAGCAGCGAGCGCGGAUGGCGCGCAGCCCGGUAGCAAGCCAGGAUCGGCCGGGGCCACCGCCAGGGAAGCCUCGCAGAAGCUUCUCGGGCUUACCGCGCGCGGAGAAUGGGCACCGGUGGACCAGCUGCUCAAAUCUCUGGAGAAGGCGGUGCAGAACGCGGGGGAGGACGGGAAUGUCACUCCUCUGACGGGCGUCACGGACCCGACGACGGGCAUGACGCCGCUGAUGUACGCGGUGAAGGACAACCGCGCGGGCCUGCUAGACCGGAUGAUCGAGCUGGGAGCGGACGUGGGCUCGAGGAACAACGACAAUUACAAUGCCCUCCACAUCGCGGCCAUGUACUCCAGGGAGGACGUCGUCAAGCUGCUGUUGUCGAAGCGGGGCGUCGAUCCGUACGCCACCGGCGGGCCGAGGCAGCAGACCGCGGUGCACCUGGUCGCGUCGAGGCAAACGGGCACCGCAACCUCGAUCCUCCGCGCGCUGCUGGCCGCCGCGGGACGCGACAUCAGGCUGAAAGUCGACGGGAAAGGGAAGAUACCGCUGCUCCUGGCCGUGGAGGCUGGCAACCAGUCCAUGUGUCGAGAGUUGCUGGCUCAACAGGCACCUGAUCAGCUCCGCGCUACCACGCCGACCGGCGAUUCCGCUCUUCAUCUGGCUGCUAGGAGGAGGGACAUCGACAUGGUGCGGAUACUGGUGGACUACGGAGCAACGGUGGACAUGCAGAAUGGCGAGGGGCAAACCGCGCUGCACAUAGCGAGCGCGGAGGGCGACGAGACUCUUGUCAAGUACUUCUACGGAGUCAGGGCGUCCGCGUCCAUUACCGACCAUCAGGAUCGCACUCCGAUGCACCUGGCAGCCGAGUACGGACACGCGUCCAUAAUCGAGCUGCUGGCGGAUAAGUUCAAGGCCAGCAUAUUCGAGAGGACCAAGGACGGGUCCACGCUGAUGCACAUCGCCUCGUUGAACGGCCACUCGGAGUGCGCGACGAUGCUCUUCAAGAAGGGCGUUUACUUGCACAUGCCAAACAAACGGGGCGCCAGGUCGAUCCACACCGCCGCCAAGUACGGUCACGUCGGGAUUAUAAGCACCCUGUUGCAGCGGGGCGAGAAGGUGGACGCAACGACGAACGACAAUUACACCGCGUUGCACAUAGCCGUGGAAAACGCGAAACCUGCGGUGGUAGAGACGCUACUAGGUUACGGGGCCGAGGUUCACGUGAGGGGUGGCAAGCUCCGCGAGACGCCUCUGCAUAUAGCCGCGAGGGUGCCGGACGGUGACAGGUGCGCGUUGAUGUUGCUGAAAUCCGGAGCGGGGCCGAACCUGACCACCGACGACGGACAGACGCCUGUGCACGUGGCAGCCAGCCACGGGAACUUGGCUACCUUGCUGCUCCUGCUGGAGGAUGGCGGUGAUCCCAUGUACAAGUCGAAGAACGGCGAGACUCCGCUGCACUUGGCCUGCAGAGGGUGCAAGGCCGACGUGGUGCGCCACUUGAUCCAGUUCGUGAAGGAGAAGAAGGGUCCGGAAACGGCGACCUCGUAUGUCAACAGCGUGACAAACGAGGGCGCGAGCGCCCUGCAUUACGCCGCGCAGAUCGAGCCGUCGGAAGUGAAGACUCCCGGCGACGACCGGGCGGUGGUUCGCGCGCUGCUCGAAGGCGGCGCGGACGUGUCCCUGCAAACUAAACAGGCGCAGGAGUCGGCGUUCCACUACUGCGCGCUAGCGGGUAACAACGAAGUGCUGUCCGAGAUGAUAAGUCGCAUGUCGGCCACCGAGGUGCAGAAGGCCUUGAACCGUCAGAGCGCGGUCGGCUGGACGCCGUUGCUCAUCGCCGCGCACAGGGGACACAUGGAGCUGGUGACCAACCUGCUGGCGAAUCACGCGAGGGUCGACGUGUUCGAUCUCGAAGGGAGAUCCGCGCUUCAUCUGGCCGCCGAGCACGGCUACCUGCAGGUCUGCGACGCGCUGCUCGCGAACAAAGCGUUCAUAAACUCGAAGUCGAGGGUCGGCCGGACCGCGCUGCAUUUGGCAGCGAUGAACGGCUACUCGCAUCUCGUCAAGUUCCUCGUGCAGGACCAUGGCGCUGCGAUAGACGUUCUUACGCUGAGAAAGCAGACGCCUCUUCAUUUGGCGGCCGGCGCCGGUCAGCUGGAAGUUUGCAAGCUGCUGCUGGAGCUAGGCGCGAGCAUCGACGCGACCGACGAUCAGGGACAGAAGCCGAUUCACGCGGCGGCGAUGAACAAUUACGCGGAGGUCGCUCAGCUGUUCCUCCAGAGACACCCGAGCCUCGUGAUGGCGUGCACCAAAGACGGCAACACUUGCGCCCACAUCGCGGCGAUGCAGGGCAGCGUGCGCGUGAUCGAGGAGCUGAUGAAAUUCGAUCGCCAAGGCGUGAUCUCCGCGAGGAACAAGUUGACGGAGGCGACGCCGCUUCAGCUGGCGGCCGAGGGAGGUCACGCGGAGGUGGUGAAAGCGUUGGUCAGAGCAGGUGCGUCCUGCGCGGAUGAAAAUCGAGCCGGUUUCACUGCGGUUCAUUUGGCCGCGCAGCAUGGACACGGCCAGGUACUCGAGGUGAUGAGGUCCUCCACCUCUUUGCGCAUAUCCAGCAAGAAACUCGGGGUCACCGCUCUCCACGUCGCAGCUUACUUCGGACAAGCUGAUACCGUGCGCGAGUUGCUAACCCACGUGCCAGGGACAGUAAAGUCCGAUCCGCCAACCGGCGGCACGCUGGUUGGCGAGCUGGGAACGGAAUCCGGGAUGACUCCGCUGCAUCUGGCCGCUUAUUCCGGGAACGAGAACGUGGUUCGAUUGCUGUUGAACUCGGCUGGCGUGCAGGUGGAGGCUGCUACCACGGAGAACGGCUUCAAUCCUCUCCACUUGGCAUGUUUCGGCGGUCACAUCACGGUGGUGGGCCUGCUGCUGAGCCGAUCCGCGGAGCUGUUGCACAGCUCGGACCGUUACGGGAAGACCGGUCUCCACAUCGCGGCGACCCACGGCCACUACCAGAUGGUCGAGGUGCUGCUCGGCCAGGGGGCGGAAAUAAACGCGACGGAUAAGAACGGCUGGACGCCGCUGCACUGCGCCGCCCGCGCCGGCUAUCUCGACGUUGUUAAAUUGCUGGUGGAGAGCGGCGCCUCGCCGAAGAGCGAGACCAAUCUCGGCAGCGCGCCGAUCUGGUUCGCCGCCUCCGAGGGUCACAACGACGUGCUCAAGUAUCUCAUGGAGAAGGAGCACGAUACCUAUGCCCUGAUGGAGGAUAAGAGGUUCGUGUACAACAUGAUGGUCUGCAGCAAGAGCAACAACAACAAGCCGAUCGAGGAGUUCGUGUUGGUGUCCCCGGCGCCGGUGGACACCGCCGCGAAGCUGUCCAACAUCUACAUGAAGCUGUCGGAGAAGGAGAAAGAGAGGGCGAAGGAUUUGAUCGCAGCCGGGAAGCAGUGCGAGGCGAUGGCCACGGAACUGUUGGCCCUGGCUGCGGGCGCAGACUCGGCUGGGAGGAUUCUGACGUCGAUGGACCGGAGGAACGUGGAGUUCUUGGACGUGCUGAUCGAGAACGAGCAGAAGGAGGUGAUCGCGCACACGGUGGUGCAGAGGUACCUGCAGGAGCUGUGGCAGGGCAGCUUGAACUGGAACGCGUUCAGGACGAUCCUCCUGUUCAUCGCGUUCCUCGUAUGCCCGCCUGUCUGGGUGGUGUUCGCUCUGCCUCUCGGCCACAAGUACAACAACGUACCAAUCAUCAAGUUCAUGUCGUACCUGACGUCCCACAUAUAUCUGAUGGUCUUCCUGUUGCUGGUCGGCAUAAUUCCUAUAUACCCGGUGGUCAGGGCGAGCCUGCUGCCCUACUGGUACGAGUGGUGUCUGUUGGUGAUGCUGUCCGGGCUGUUGCUCUUCGAGCUGACCAAUCCCAGCGACAAGAGCGGCCUGGGCUGGAUCAAGUUAGCGGUGCUGCUGUUCGGAAUAUUCGGCGUAGCCUUCCAUCUGAUGGGCUUCGUGAUCGUCCACCGACCUUACUGGCCUACUCUGCUCUACCUCAGGAACCAGCUGUUCGCGUUAAGCUUCCUGCUAGCCUGCGUACAGAUCCUCGACUUCCUGUCGUUCCAUCAUCUGUUCGGCCCCUGGGCGAUCAUCAUCGGCAACCUGAUGAAGGACCUCGCGAGGUUCCUCGCGGUGCUCGCGAUCUUCGUGUUCGGGUUCUCGAUGCACUUCGUCGCGCUGAACCAGGCAUUCAAGAACCAGUCGAUCCAGGACGCCCGCGCCGACGACAAGAAGAAGAAGGGCGCCUUCUACGACGGUAAGAUGAGUCCCGUACUGGCCGUUGAGUUAUUGUUCUUCGCCAUCUUCGGUCAGACGACCCACGAACAAUUCAAGGUCGAAACAAUGCAGCCCGAGUGGACCAGAGUGCUGUUCAAGCUCACCUUCGGCAUAUACAUGCUGGUCUCGGUGGUCGUGCUGAUUAAUCUGCUGAUCGCGAUGAUGAGCGAUACAUACCAGCGGAUACAAGCACAGUCCGACAUCGAGUGGAAGUACGGACUGAGUAAACUCGUUAGGAACAUGCACAGGACAAGCACAGCUCCGUCCCCGCUGAAUCUGUUUACCACCUGGAUGACGUAUCUGUACAAGCUGUGCAAAAAACGCGCCGCGAAAAAGCAACGGCCGUCCCUGGUCCGCCUGAUGGGUGGACUCCAGAGGGCCGACGCGCUUUCCCCGCGUUCCCGUAUGGGCGCCAAGUGGCUGUCCAAAGUGAAAAAGACUCAGGUGGCUCACAAGGACAGCGUCGCCCUGUCCGUCGUUCACCUGAGUCCCCUUGGUAGCCAACUGUCGUUCAGCAACGCGGUCAGAAUCGACAACGUCGUCGACUGGGAAGCGGUCAGACGGAAGUACCGAGACCUCUACGGCGAUACGCUCGAGAAACACGCCGAGGAAUCGAAAGAUUCCGCGGAGCACGAGGCGAUCACGGCGACACUGGAAAACUCGCUGGUCGUUGUACCUGCUGGGAAUCAAGCACCGCCGACCACCGUCCCUUGAAUUGAAUUUCUGUGACAUUUACUUCCACGCAAGACACGACGAUACCUCGAAACAUUGUUCUCCGGCGUAGACAGUGUGUACAGCCCACCCAACCCCGUCCCCUUGCUCGUACAAA